UAAACGAAUUAAUGUUCUUGAACGGAAGUUGCGUAUUGUGUAUGUGGUAAUAUUGUGUACUUGGUAAAAACCAAUGAAAUGGGAGUUAGGGGAAUGACGUGUUUGAAUAGUUUUCUCACGAUAGUAGAGUUCAGUUUCUAGCGCACGCUCUACCCGAGCAGGUCAAUUUUCCGAGGAUGGACGCUAGGAGAAUGGAAUUGUCUCAAACCAUAUCAGAAGUAAAUUUGGCUGUUUCUAGACAGCAAGGAGAUUUAUUGAACAGUUUACAGACUAUGAUAGACUCAAAACUCUCCAGUUUUCAGCAGAACAUUCAGCAGAUUUCUAAUUCGCAGAUUAACAGAAUCGAAGAGAAUCUCCAGACUGACCAUUACGUUUUCAAAAAGAAAGGAAAUGAAAACCAGUUCAAGCAUCAGGCUCGCGUCCUAUCUAAACUUAAAGAAGCGAACGAGCAGCUUAACUCGGCCACCAUAAGUGAAGAAAAUAUACAGGAAGCGAGAUCUAACAUCACAGAAGGUAUUGACUUGGUGAAAAAUAGACAAAAGCUUAUCAAAUUAGCAGAUUCUUCUCAAUUACGAUGGAGAGUUGUUAAAGAAUACGAAACAAAUCCUAUCGCGGCUGACUCUGACGAUAAAAAGAAAAUUUACCGAGCCCAAAUGAGAGCAGAAAGGAAAGCUAAAGAGGACAGAUAUAUGGGGAGAAGGCCAUACAGAUUUUCACCUUAUCCGAAGAGACCAGUGAGAGAAACCUUUUCCCGCAGGGAUACCGACGAUAAGGCAGCUACAAACAAGCCAGGCAGAUGCUACGAUUGCGGGGGAAAAGGGCAUUGGAGUCGUGACUGUCCAAAGAAAGAUGAGAAUAAGAUAAGUGAAAAUUAUAUUACAAUUUUGAAUAAAUCUGAGAAUGAAGUAAAUUCAAAAGUUGAUGAAAAUGUUUUGAAAAUACUUAGUCCAGUUGGUCGCUUGAGGUCACAGGUGAGUGAAUGGAAAGACAUGGGGGCGAACGAAAGCAUUGUUCAAUUGAUCAAGGUAGGUUACAGAAUUCCUUUCAAAACUGAGCCACAAUCGAUUGUAUUACGAAAUAACAGGUCAGCCCAAGAACCUAAAUUCGUAUCAAAAGAGAUAGAGAAUUUACUAAAGAAGGGGUGCGUCUCAAAGGUUGGUAAGAUUCCUAAAGUUGUAAAUCCUUUGACGGUUGCGAGAAACAGGAACGGUAAGCCACGCUUAGUUCUUGACUGCAGACACUUAAACCCACAUUUACAUAAAUUUAAGUACAGAUAUGAAGAUGCCUCGGUAGCUAAAGAAAUGUUUAAAAAGGGGGAUUUCAUUUUCACAUUUGAUCUUAAAUCCGCUUAUCAUCAUGUAGAAAUUUUCAGCGAACACAGAAAUUUUCUAGGAUUUUCAUGGGAAGUUGAAGGGAAAACGCAUUAUUAUGUAUUUAAUGUUUUGCCUUUUGGCUUAUCUACUGCGGGGUACAUAUUUACAAAAGUGCUCAGAGAACCUGUCAAAUGUCUGAGAGCAAAAGGUAUGAGAAUCAUUACCUUUCUAGAUGAUGGAAUUGGAGCUGAAUCGUGUUUAGAUAGUGCAAAAUCUGUGAGUAUUUACAUUAAGGAAUUUUUUGAAAAGCUAGGAUUUUUGUUUGCUGAUGAUAAAUGUGAAUGGUUUCCUACUCAAUACCGAGUUUGGUUAGGUUUUGUGUAGGAUAUGGCAAAAGGGAAAAUUUUCAUAACAUAAAACAGGGUCGACCGUCUUAUCAAUUGUUUAAACAAUGUUCAUUUGAAAGUUAUGAAAAGUUUUACUUUCUUUCAUGUUAAAGAAUUGGCAAGAAUUGUAGGUCAGAUCAUUUCAAUGAAAGUAGUAAUUGGAAGCAUUGUUAGGCUGAAAACAAGAUACUUGUACGAUUGCAUAAUGAGCAGAGCAAGCUGGAACUCAAAGGUAAAAAUUUCAGCCUGCGCUUUUAGCGAAAUCGAAUUUUGGCGGGAAAACUUGAAUACUUUGAACGAGAAUGGUUGUCUCAUUGAAAGUUUUGACGCAUCAGAUGUAUGCGAUUUUCAUGUAUUUUGUGAUGCCUCAGAUGUAGGCUUUGGUGGAUUUAUUGAAUGUAUAUCAGAUGAAAAUCAAGUGAAUAUUGGAAAUGUGUUUGGAAGCUGGACGGAAGAGGAAAGUCAGCAAAGUUCAAGAUGGAGAGAACUGGAGGCUGUGAACAGGGUUGUCAAGAGUAAUGUUUCACAUUUGACAAAUGAAAAUAUAAAGAUCAUUUCAGAUAACAAAAACGUUUCUGUUAUUUUAUCGGUUGGUAGCAAAAAAUCAUAUUUACAAGAUAUUGCAAAUGAUAUUUUCAAAACAUGUUCAGAGAACAGUAUUCGAAUCAACCCUGUUUGGAAGCCUAGGGCGGAAAAUAAAAAAGCAGACAGUUUGAGUCGAUUGACAGACAUGGAUGAUUGGUCAAUAGAUGACGAAAUUUUUGAAUAUUAUGAAAAACUGUGGGGUAUGCAUACAUGUACAGUGGACAGGUUUGCUACACAUUACAACAAAAAGUGUAUUAGAUUCAAUUAAAAAUAUUGGUGCCCGGGCACAGAGUGCAUAAAUGCUUUUGAUAUUUGUUGGGCAGAUGAAAACAAUUGGUUGGUUCCUCCUCCAAUUUUAAUUCCAAAAGUUAUAAACAAAAUUGUUUCAGACAGAGCAAAAGCAACUUUGAUUGUUCCAGAAUGGAAAUCUUCUCCAUUCUGGCCAAUGUAAUUUGAUGGUGAAAAGUUCAAAAGUUUUAUUCAGUCUUGGAAAUAUUUAUCAAAGAAAAGAUUGAUUACUCAUGGUAAAAGCAAGAAAUCUGUAUUUGCCAAAUAUUCUUUGGAUUUCAAAAUGGUAGCGCUCAAGAUAAGAUUUUAAUAAUUUAAAAAAAAAAGGAGGGGGACGUAAAAAUGGUAUGACAUGAAUUUAAUGAUUAUUGUACAGGUGCAUAUAAUUUAUAUUAAAAUUUUGAUUUUAGGACUAAAUCUUCAGACACAUGUAAACAGAGCAGUAGAAGAUAGUGGUGUUCCAUUGAAAAGUAGCCUAGGAAGCCUUAGCA